GAAGUUUCUGAUGGAGCAGAGGGAGAGGGUGGCCAAGGACAAAGCCACUCUGUUGCUGCAGGAACCUCCCUAUAUGGAGAUCAGGAGGAGAGGUGUGAGAGGGGAUCAGUUGAAAGAAAACAUUACCCUGCCAUUAUGGAAGACAACACCCAACAAAGAGGAGUGUGUAGGUUUGAGUUUACCUCUAGGAGAGGAGUAUGAAAGAAAAAAACACCAACUCCAGCAGGAGCUGAGACACGACUACAGGCGGUACAUGGUUCAGAAACAGUGUGCUGGGGAACCAGGAGUGUCCUUCACCCACAAACUGCCUCCUAAGAUGAAGGAUGCUGCCACUACUACACACCACACAGGGCUGGGCACAAAAAGCUGUGUGUGUGAGGGAGUGUGUGUGUGUGUGUGUGCGUGUGAGUGUGUGUGCACCCCUCAGUCCAAUGCACACCACACAGGGGUACCUAGUGCAGAGACGGAGAAACCCAGGAGCCGCCAACAGCAGCAGAGGGAAAGAGCAGUAGAUGUCAGAGCCUCAGACAAAAAGUGGAGAAGGCAGCAGGGUUUGUUUAGAGGUCGCCUGGGUGACGGACUCCAUGACGACAGUGAGGAAGAGGAGGAGUGGGAUCCCCACCAGGAACCACGCUGGGCAUUCCUGUCCCCCCAUCAAGACCUCAGAGUGCAGCAUGGCGCUCCGCUGCAGAGGUCUCCGUAUGAUGAUGCGUACGCCUUCUACUCGCCACACCAUGGCUCAGCCCCCCCACAGCUUACUGAAGGACCUUAUCUUCCCAGUAAUAAACACAAAGAAGUAAACACAAGUGAUGGAGGCCUUGGAUUGGGAGUGUGUUCUUCAGUGAAGAGUAGAUCCAGCAAAGACGCAGACAUCGCUUACAGGGAAGCUCUCCGCCAACAGAUAGAGGAGAGGGCUGUGCGUAAGCGUGUUGAGCGGGAGCAGAGGCGUGAGCAGGAGGCGCGUGAGAAGGCGGACUUUAGGACCCAGCAGCCCUGGGGCCGUGGUGGAGGAGGAGCUCCACUCAGAGACAUCACAGGGAACCUCAUCACUGAUCUGAAUCAGAUGCAUCGGCUGAAUGAAGAGGCUUACAUCAAUGGCAGCAAGUUGUCAAGAGUCUCAGAUUGAGGAUAAGCGUCGGAGGAAGGCAGAAGAGAGGGAGCGAGAGAGAGAGCAGGAGGAGAAGGAGGAGAGGAGGCUGGCAGAGCAGAGAGAGAGAAUCCAGAGAGAAUACCAGGAGGAGGUGGAGAGGAGGAGGCGCAAGGAGCUAGAGCAAAAGCUGAAGAAUGAGGAGUUGAUGCAGCAGGUGGAAG